AUUGAUUGCUGACCACCACCACCAGGAAGAAGAAGAAGUAAAGGAGCGUUAGCAAAGUUAGCUUGUAGUUGUUUGUUGUGUGAGGUGAACAUUUGAGUCUCUGGGUUAAACAUGGAUUCAGGAGAGUCUCUGAUGGAGUUUGUCAGCAAGCAAGUAGCUACUGCUAGAAAAAUAAUCAAAAAGGUUGAAGAAGCCUUGGCCCAGUUCGAGGAAGGGCUCGGUGGUCAGCGUAGACUGUCGGAUAUGAGCUCGGAACCACGGAGCAGCUCAUACAGAGCAGAACCUCCACAGCAUCAAGUUUGGGAAAAAGAGAAGGUUCUGACUGACCAGCAGCUCUUUAACCAGCAGUCGACCUCCAGUUUGGACCAGGAGGAACCAGAACCUCCACUGAUCAAGAAAGUCCAGCAGGAGCUCUGUAGCCAACAGCAUGAAGGGCAGUUCCUUCUGAAGCAGGAAAAUGUUAACUUCAUGGAGACUUCUUCUGAAGAAACAGACUGCCAUGAACCAGAACAGAACAGGACCCAACCCUUGUGUCAGAGUUCUACAGAAGCUGAGAAUCAAGAUCAGGGUGGAUGCAGGAAAAAAAACUCAGAAUCAAAGGGCAAUGAAGAACUGACACGUAACAAAAGACGUCAAAAAACCAAUCAUCAUAGAGACAGUGUAAAUGGUCAAAAGCUUAAAAGGCAGAAGAGGGCUCACAGAGGUGAAAGGCCAUUUUCGUGUGAGCUCUGUGGAAACUAUUUCAUUCACAAGUGUUAUUUAAAUGUUCACAUGAGAGCUCACACAGGUGAGAAGCCUUAUUCAUGCAAAACUUGUGGUAAAUGUUUUAGUCUCAGUGGUCACUUGACUACACACAUGAGAACUCACACAGGUGAGAAGCCAUAUCCAUGUAAAACUUGUGGUAAAUGUUUUAGUCUCAGUGGUAACUUGACUACACACAUGAGAACUCACACAGGUGAGAAGCCAUAUUCAUGUAAAACUUGUGGUAAAUGUUUUAGUCGCAGUAGUUCCUUGACUAAACACAUGAGAACUCACACAGGUGAGAAUCCAUAUCCAUGUAAAACUUGUGGUAAAUGUUUUAGUGUCAGUGGUCACUUGACUACACAUAUGAGAACUCACACAGGUGAGAAGCCAUUUCCAUGUAAAACUUGUGGUAAAUGUUUUAGUGUCAGUGGUCACUUGACUACACAUAUGAGAACUCACACAGGUGAGAAGCCGUAUUCAUGUAAAACUUGUGGUAAAUGUUUUAGUGUCAGUAGUGCCUUGACUAAACACAUGAGAACUCACACAGGUGAGAAGCCAUAUCCAUGUAAAACUUGUGGUAAAUGUUUUAGUGUCAGUGGUUCCUUGACUACACACAUGAGAACUCACACAGGUGAGAAGCCAUAUCCAUGUAAAACUUGUGGUCAAUGUUUUAGAGACAGUGGUGCCUUGACUAAACACAUGAGAACUCACACAGGUGAGAAGCCAUAUCCAUGUAAAAGUUGUAGUAAAUGUUUCACACAGCGUGUUGCUUUGAUUAAUCACAUGAGAACUCAACACAUGUGAAAGGUCUUUUCCAUGUUUUUUCUGUAGGAGAUUCAACCAGACAUUUUCUUUCAACUUCUUGUAUGAAAAUUCACACUUGAGAUUUUAUUCACAAGUGUGCUUUUAUUAAAGCUUUUUCUACAUUAAAA